AUGCCUCAAAACGAAUACAUUGAGCAGCAUAUCAAGCAGCAUGGUCGUAGACUGGAUUACGAUGAGCGUAAGCGUAAGAAGGAGGCAAGAGAAGCCCACAAGGUAUCAGAACGUGCCCAGAAGUUAACUGGUUGGAAGGGUAAACAAUUUGCUAAGAAGAGAUAUGCUGAGAAGGUCGCAAUGAAGAAGAAGAUCAAGGCGCAUGAGCAAUCAAAGGUGAAAGGUGGCUCGAAGCCGUUGGACCAAUCUGGCGAGGCUUUGCCAACGUAUCUGUUGGACAGAGAACAGAGCAAUACUGCCAAGGCUAUCUCUUCUUCUAUCAAGCAAAAAAGAUUGGAGAAAGCGGACAAAUUUUCUGUUCCUUUGCCCAAGGUUCGUGGUAUAAGUGAAGAAGAAAUGUUCAAGGUGGUGAAGACCGGUAAAUCUAAAUCCAAGUCUUGGAAGAGAAUGAUCACAAAACAUACAUUUGUUGGUGAAGGUUUCACCAGAAGACCCGUCAAGAUGGAAAGAAUCAUCAGACCUAGCGCGCUAAGACAGAAAAAGGCCAAUGUGACCCACCCUGAGUUGGGAGUUACAGUUUUUCUACCGAUUCUAGCAGUCAAGAAGAACCCACAAUCCCCAAUGUACACCCAAUUGGGUGUGCUGACGAAGGGUACGGUGAUCGAAGUCAACGUUUCCGAGCUGGGGAUGGUCACUGCUGGUGGUAAAGUUGUGUGGGGUAAAUAUGCUCAAGUGACUAACGAACCAGACAGAGAUGGCUGUGUUAACGCAGUUCUACUAGUAUAA